AUGCUUAACGAAAAAGUCAUAGGAGAAUAUGUUUAUUUAGUAUCCGAUGAAUGCAAAGUCGGAGUCGGUUAAUUCAGCCACGUCUACAAAGGAUAUCACGAGAAGACCAAGAAGCAAGUGGCAAUCAAGCAGAUUGACAAAAAACAAAUCAAAGGUAUUUUUGAAUAGAUGCUCCGAAACGAAAUCAAUAUACUAAAGCAACUGAAUCAUCAAUACAUCCUGAAGAUGUAUGCUUAUUAUGAAACAUCCAACAAUUUUUAUAUCAUCACAGAAUUUUGUGAGACAGACGUUCUUUAAAUCUUAAAAAACCAAGGUUCUUUGCCUGAAGAAAAAGUAAUUGCUUAUGUUUUGCAGAUUAGUGAAGCAUUGAAGUACUUAAAUUCAAAAAAAAUCAUUCACAGAGAUAUCAAGCCAUCCAACAUCCUAAUCCAUGAAGGGGAAGUGAGACUGGCUGAUUUUGGUUUUGCAGUUCAUCAAGACAAAGUCGGAAUUGAGGACAGACAAUUUUAGAUUGGAUCUCCCUUGUAUAUGUCCCCAGAAACCUUAUUAAAAAAUUAAUACAACCACAAAACGGACUUAUGGUCUUUGGGUGUCCUCUAUUUCGAAAUGAUUUUUGGCGUUGUUCCUUUCUUCUCAAUUGAGAUGGAUGACCUACUCAGAAAAUUACAACAAUAUCAAUAGGAUUAUAUAUUGACAUUCAAAUACCCAGUUUCAGAAGCUUCUACUGAAGCAAUAAGAAAUCUCCUAGCAUACGACCCAUCUCAUAGGUGUGAAAUUAGAAAUUUGGAACUAAUACUCAAAAAUUAUUAUAGUAAUAGAGCUGCUGGAGAUGCUAGCAUUCAUUCAUAAAAACGAACUAUUACUCCUGAUAAAAGAAAGAAAGAUUCCCCUAAUUAAAGUCCGGAAAACAGAAGCAAAGCACAGCCUAUUAAAAAGGAACUAGUAAAAGUAAGUUGCUCUGCUAAGUGUUUUGAUAAAAAUUCUACCUAUUUUACCAAAAAUAAACCUAAUAAAGAGGAUGAUUAAUAAAAUUCAAAGAGAGAGGAAAAUCUAGGAACAGACAGAAAAGAUAACGAAGCCAUCCAUCAAAUCUCGGGUAUUAGAUUACAUGACUUAACAGUAUAUAAUGAAAAAGUAACACUGGAGAAUAUGAGUAAUGAAGACUUUUUAGCAUUUCUCAUUAAGAAAUUAGAAUCUGUUAAAAGAUAGGAUCCAAGUUAAAAUAUAUAAAUUAACGAGUGCCAAUUAUUGUUAGUAUGA